AAGUGGAGGUGAGCAAAGUGUUCAGUCUGUGACUCGUUUUAUAUGAAGAAACAUACAAGACAAAUCUGAAGAGCCGCUUGUAUUUCUGGUCAUAUACCAUUGAAGCUAUAGCCCCAGUAUCAUUUGCAACAACGGUGGUUUUACAAACACGUUACUUGAUCACAAUCUCACGACAGUGUGUGUGUGUUUUUGUCACUGCGCGGAGCUGUCAAAAUGUGAACAUGGCGGCGCCCAUUUUGAUUUCACAACACGUGAUGUCAUGGCACUUUCUGGAUGAAACCAGAUAAAUCUACCUAGAACAAGAAUACUGCUCACAACUUAAGACUUGACCGUGAACACUGAAAGCGGAACAAUUCCCCAAAGUUAGAAAGAAAAAGACUUGCACACUACUCAAUACAGUUUUACACAGUCGAAGGACAAAGUGAUCAUGGACACCACCAUGUCAGAUGUUCGAGAACUGUUUGGAGGAUGUCUGUCAGCUAUUUUGCCACCCGGUGUCAAAGAUGUCAGUGAACUGCGAGAGAUUCCAGACAACCAAGAGGUGUUUGUCCACCCUAUGACUGACCAGAGCCUCAUCAUCGAGAUCUUGGAGUAUGUGGAGGAGCCGGAUGAACAAGCAAUCAGAACCCACUUCGAUGAUGUUGCAGACAGCAAUGGGGCAUCCAGCAACGAGGACAAUACACUGCAGCACACCGAGCAGGUUGACAAGUCACAGACCAGAAUGUCAGAAACCCACUUCGAUGAUGUUGCAGACAGCAAUGGGGCAUCCAGCAACGAGGACAAUACACUGCAGCACACCGAGCAGGUUGACAAGUCACAGACCAGAAUGUCAGAAUGUGACAAGAUUUACUACAUCCUUGGCCAACAGAGAGUGUCGGAGUUCAAAGAGUCUUCUAAGAACCUCAUCAACGUACACAUGGGCCUGUUCCGUCUGCCCACGUACACCACUGACAUCCUCGUCACCUUCAACGACCCUGUCAGCAUUGACCCAGACAGCAGCAGUCAUGCAGCAAUUCCAGUUUCGGCCAGCAGAUGGAUGGAGGAAGAGUUCCAGAGUGUAGUGAAGUCACUCAGCAUUGACGACCCAGCCAUCUUCACAUGAGCCCAGAAACUCAACAAAUCCAGUGUCCAGCCCCUGCUGGACCUCUGGUGUAGCGUCGUCUGCUUGUGAUGCAAAGUUUGGAAAUGAUGCUAUCCUGAACUCCUGGGAUAGGGCCUUGGGACAUAGAGAUUUAAAAGUGAGAAAUCAAGGAUAGUCACAUCCUUGCAGACGUGGUGUGUGAUUCCGUGCUUUACGCAUCCCCUGGUAUACAACUUGCAACACUGGAAUGACUUGAAGUGAAUCUUUGAGGUUGUUUUUGUUAGUUUGUAAUACUUAUGAUGUUUAAAAUUCAAAAUUCAGUGACAUGAGGUUAUUUGUUCAGUGUCAAGAUUAUUUGCUUUCAAACUUUACAAUACUACCAAUGUGAUUAGAAAUCUAUCUCACUACAAUAUUUUCAGCAUUCAAACUGUUGCUUCGUUUAGUGAGUUUAGUCUGCUGUGAAGUGCUGAAUUAUCUGAAGGCUAAAUUCAAAAGUCGUUAUUCCAGGGGCAGAUGUGAAGUUGUUUAUUAAGAAAAUCCACACUGAGGACGUCUUUAUCACUGAACUCAUUCUUCAGAAAAAGAAUUGUGUGAAACAUGUUCAGGAAAUAAGUUUCCAAACUUUGUUGACUUCAAAUCUGUCACAGGGGUCAUUUUUUAAACUGUCAUAUAUUUUACAACCAAAUUAACCAUUAUGAAAAAGGUAACAAACAUUAAAUCAUACAGCUUAAUGAUAAUCAUGGAUAACUUUUGAAUCUUUGGUUGACAAAAUUUGCAUUUUGAAACAUUGUGUUAAAGAUAAGAAAUGACCUCUCCAUGAUUCCAUCAGUGCUUAUGUUGAAGGCAUUUUCUUGAGGCAAAGGGGUGUGUCAUAGGGUAGCCUAGUGGUUAAAGAGUCAGACCUGGGAUAAAUUCCCCACAUGGGUACAAUGUUUGAAGCCUAUUUCUGGUGUUCCCAUCCCAGGGUAAUACUAUGAUAUUGCUAAAAGUGGCGUAAAACCAAACUCAUUCGCUCUUGCUGAUAUUUAGACUGGCCUGCAGAGUAUGUGCCCAGUUCAAUCCCAAUAUCCUUGAAUUGAUUCAAAUGUUGGUUUGUAAGUGCCAUACUUGUUUGUUAGCUCUCUUCCCACGAUACUGUGAUAAAACUGAAAUAUUGUUAAAUGCGGAGGUAAAUUUCACUCACCUAUUAUGUACAUAAAAGUUAUUGAAAUUACUCAUUUUCAAGGUCUUUAGACCCUGGUUGAUUGAUAAAUUGGAAUUUUGUUUCUCCCAAACCAAAAAUGAUGACAUGAUUUCCACUAAAAGGUUUUGAAUGUCUUUGUAUAUAUUUCUGCUAAUCUGUAGAUUUAAGUCCACCACUAUACAUGAAGCGAUGUCUUGACCUUGUGUAGAUUGUUCAUUCUGCAAGAUUUUGUCAUAAAUGUUACAACAU